GACUUUGAGCCUGUUCUGUUUUUAGGUUUAUCUUCCAGUAAUCUCUGUAUGUUGCAGAUCACAGGGGUCAGGGUCCAGUGUGUUUUAGUGCCAGUGGUUCAAGAGUCCACACACCUGUGUGCAAUGUCUUAAUUAGUUGCUGAUUGGAAGGAAGCCACAGAUACCUACAGAUACUUGCAGACACUGCAGCUUUCCAGGUCUGAGGUUUGAUUGACUGAUGUGGUGCUGAGGUCAGCUCCUCUGAAGUAAAGCUGCAUUUUUUUAGAGAGUCCUUUGUUGACAGUGAUGGAUCUUCAUGACCCUGAAGAGCUGUUUCUUCAGUAUGCCAGGAGUGGAGACCUUUCAGGGAUUUUGAGGCUCCUGCUGGCCAAAAUUAAGGAAGAAAUUGGUCUUAACAUCAACUGCAGAGGUAAGAAAAAGGCUAACUCAGGAUGGACAGCUCUUCAUCUGGCCUCCUACUUCGGACACAGGGAAGUGGUGGAGGAGCUGCUCAAGGCGGGAGCUGAUGUGAAUCUGGCCAAUGAGGAGGGAGACACCGCACUGCACAAGGCUGUACUCACAGAGAGAAAGGAAGUCGUGUUGCUGCUGCUGCGGUAUGACGCUCGCCCCUCAGCCACCAAUGGAACAGGCCGAAUCCCCAGAGACUGCACGCAUGACGACGAGAUAAUAACCAUGUUGGACGCCGCCGAGAGGAGAGAGCAGCGGAGAGCUGAGGAGCAGCUUCUGAAUGCAGCGAGAGAGGGGGACGCCCUCACCCUGACCCAGCUGCUCAGCAGAAAGCCGUCCCCGGACAUACACUGCAGAGACAUACUGGGAAACACCCCCCUGCACUGCGCGGUCUACAGAGGUCAGAAACACUGCGUUCUCCAACUGCUCCGGAGCGGAGCGUCCCCCAACCUCAGGAACCGGAACGAUCAGUCUGUAUUUGACUUGGCCAGCAGUACUGAGCUGAAGCAAAUGCUGGAAGGAAAUCUAGAGAAGGGUCUGAGUCAUGCUGUUCAGAUGUUUGAAGGACCUCUUUGGAAGAGGUCUCGGUUUGUAGGCUGGCGAUCGCACUGGGUGGUGCUUCAGGAAGGAUCCCUGUCCUGGUAUCCUAAACGGUCUGAUGCAGCCUCGAACAUCUGCAGGCAAGGCUUCAAAAACCUCACAGAGGCCCAAUGCAUGGUGAAAGCCUGGGACAGCCGCCGUUUUACCCUCACGUGCUUUGAUGGCAGUGUCCAUCAUUUUAAAGUGUCCCAAAGAAAUGAUCCGGCAACAACAAGAAAAGUUGAGAAAUGGCUGGAUGCCCUGGAGGAGCACUCCACCUAUAGCACACAGUACUGCUCCCAGGACUCAGGCAGAGAGGACAGGGAAGAGCGGGAACAGGAUGUGAUGUCACGGAGUCAUUUGACAGACUGUUUGCAGAUUGCUGAAGCCAGUCAGCAGAGACUGGAGACCCAGGUGUCUACCCUGGUCUCCAUGGCGAAGAACAGCGAGGCAGAGAGUCUGUCUGCUCCCAUUCUCCUCAAAGUAAGGGAGGUGAGAGACCUCUCCGGCGAGACCUGCACCUUCCUCCGAUCCUGCCUGGGACUCCUCUCCCAACAGGAGGAGGUGUGGAAUCUGAAAUUGGAACAGGAAGUGGAAAAAAACAAGAUCCUGUCGGAGGCCCUGCAGACACUUGCCACUGAGCACCACGACCUGAAGCGGUCCUUCUCCAGGAAAAGGUCCUUGCCGCAGAGCGCCUUCCCUGAGUACGAGUUUUUCGACGCUUACUCUGACUCGGACUCGGAGCACUCUCUGAGCGGCUUCCUGUCCGUCACCGGCACCUCGUUGGAGGAAGAGAGCGUCCGGCACGGCGGCGGCGGCGGCAGCCCCAGCGGCCAGACCGCCAUGUCCCGGGAGGGUAACCACGGCAACGAGAAGUCCCAGUGCAACGGGACGAAGAAGCACAGGACAAGAUUACCGGCCCCCAUGUUUUCCCGGAAUGACUUCAGUAUCUGGAGCAUUCUGAAGAAGUGCAUUGGCAUGGAGCUCUCCAAGAUUGCCAUGCCGGUGGUAUUCAACGAGCCGCUGAGCUUCCUGCAGCGGCUGACUGAGUACAUGGAGCACACAUACCUGAUCCACCAGGCCAACAGCUCCUCAGAUUCUGUGGAGAGGAUGAAGUGUGUGGCGGCCUUCGCCGUCUCAGCUGUGGCCUCGCAGUGGGAACGCACCGGGAAGCCCUUCAACCCGCUGCUGGGAGAGACGUACGAGCUGGUCAGGGAGGACCUGGGUUUCAGGCUGAUGUCGGAGCAGGUCAGCCACCACCCGCCAGUCAGCGCCUUCCACGCAGAGGGCCUGAACAAGGACUUUAUGUUCCACGGGUCCAUCUACCCCAAGCUCAAGUUCUGGGGGAAAAGCGUGGAGGCAGAGCCCAAAGGAAUCAUCACCCUGGAACUGCCCAAGCACAAUGAAGCCUACACAUGGACAAACCCCACCUGCUGCGUUCACAACAUCAUUGUGGGUCAGCUGUGGAUUGAGCAAUACGGAAACGUGGAAGUAAUCAACCACAAAACUGGAGAAAGAUGUAGCCUGACUUUCAAACCAUGUGGCCUUUUUGGGAAGGAACUGCACAAAGUGGAAGGCUACAUACUCGAUAAAAGUAAAAAGAAGCUCUGUGCGCUCUAUGGGAAGUGGACUGAGUGUCUGUACACCGUGGACCCGGCCAGCUUCGAUGCCCACAAGAAGACGGACAGGAAGAACUCGGAGGAGAAGAAGAGCAGCAAACCAGCCGCCCCAGACGAGGAAGCAGAGGACAUGCCCCCUCCAGAGGCAGAGACGGUCCAGGUCAUCCCGGGCAGCGAACUCCUGUGGAGGAUAGCGCCCCGCCCAGAGAACUACGCAGAGAUGUACGCCUUCUCCACAUUCGCCAUGCAGCUGAAUGAACUGGACGAGGAGAUGGAAGGAGUCGUACCCAAAACAGACUGCAGGCUAAGGCCAGACAUCCGCGCAAUGGAGAACGGCGACAUAGAUCUAGCGAGUGAGGAGAAGAAGAGACUGGAGGAGAAGCAGAGAGCUUCGCGGAAGAACCGCUCCAAAUCCGACGAGGACUGGAAGACCAGAAAUCCUGCUCCCUGCUGCAGAUGGUUUAACCAGGGGCCCAACCCUCACAAUGGCUCCCAGGACUGGCUUUACACCGGGGGAUACUGGGAUCGAAACUACUCCAACCUGCCGGACAUCUAUUAAUGCACAAGGGGAGACGUCCGCACUUGGUGGGCAUCAACCAAAACCCAGAUUUUAAACUCUCCUCUUUUUUUAAAACCAUGGUGUAGCUCUGAUCUGUAGCAUACGUUUGGGCUGUCUAAAUGGGGCAAGAGCCCAGGAUACAGUUAGCUGUGUUGUUCAUUUUCAUAUACGUGUUCAGGAUAUUACUUAAUUACCCUAGCAGACAGCUCUAUCUAGGGCAUAGCUCUAUUAGUAAUAGCACCCUUAUUCAGCUAUCGUGCAUACAAGCACACAUAAUAUGUUUAUACUGCUGACUGUUUAUAUACCACAGCAUAUAUUUAUAUGUAACAACAGGGUCCCUCUCAGGAUUUGAAUCUACAACCUUCUGGUUACAACAUCAGUUAAAUUCAGAUCAUUACAACAUAGAACUCAACAGGGAGGGUACUCUUAAAAACAACCAUUAAGUGAGCUACACCAUGCCAAAGGGGCAUUGUUCUAAGCUGUAGCACUCGGAUACAUUUGAUUCUUCGCUCCUCUGUACGACUGAACAGUUUAAACCCACUUAACAGGAAGUUAAGGUUUGAGAGUUGAAUGUGACAUUGUCUUUCUUCCUCAAGUCUCGCUUCAGGAAUGAAGAAGCCAUGUGUAUGGAACUCUGACAAAACUAUUUAAGAUUAAUGUACAGCUGUUUUGUGUAAAGAAUAGACCAUGUUAGUUUGUUAGUAAACUACUAUAAGACAUGUAAUGCAGUUCUGCUGUCACAGUGCAGUCGAAAACAACUUCAGGAAUUACACAACACCUUUAUUCCUUAACAGAUGUGUGUAGACUGUUUUCUGUGAGCAGAGUUUCACAGAUUCUGUGUCCUCUGUGAUGCAGAAUUGUCUCCAGUUAUUAGUCUGAAAGUCUGCAUUAUGACAAGGCACACUACUUAUCUUAUACUUACCCACUGAUACUGGGUGGAUGUAACUUAUUGCUGUAUGUACCAUCAGUGGGUGCCGAUCUUGCACACAUUGACUGUUAAUCAUGCCUUAGAGACGUAGUAAAAUGCUAGGCCAGAAACGUUGCACAUCCCUGCUUCUACACCUGCUCUUAUACUUGUAACGCGUCUGUUGUAAGGCAGUUUGUUCUUUUCAAUAGUGCUGUGAAUGUGUAAUUCUUCUCAGAGAGCAGUGCAGACAGAUGAUCAGCCAGUGGAGCAAAGCGGGUUGGGCAGAGCAGCAAUUUCACUGCACAAGGGAAAGUGGUUUCAGUAGCGAUGGGCAACUGAGUGCAACACUCAGGGUCAGUUCAGUAAGCCACACGGUCCUCCUCUUUUCAGAGGUGGUAAUGGGAAAUGAAGUCCUGCACUUGUGCACAGCUGUUCCGUCACAUCCAUCUAAGGACUUCAUCUCACAUAGGCACGAUGGCUAAACAAGACUUGGUAUAUAUUAGUCAGAACCGCUGUUUCUCAACAGAUCGAUUCUCAGUAAAUCAUACCCAGACCAAAUCUUGCUUUCCACAAAAUGCUUUCCACACCAAAGUCCUCCAGUUGGUUUAAACAAAUCAGGUGUUAGCUAAUCUAUUUCCCCCAUUCAGCACUUGCUCUCAAGCGGUUGAAAUCACAUGGUACAGGAAAUUUAAAAGACCUGUGAGUACCGCUUCCACUCACAGGUAAGCGUACAAAAAUCAAAUCAUUACGUAAGGAGGGGAUGUGUGAACACCCCGGACUGUUACUAGCAUUCUAAAAGCAUUCCUCAUGUCCAGUGUGUAAGGACACCGCAAUUCCCAAACGCGUCCUCGUCUGGGGCAGCUGUUUAAAGAACUACUGCACUGGAGGUAGAUAGACUAGUGUGCUCCUGGCAUUACGGUUUUAUCCAUUGUUGACCUGUGUAUAUUGAGUAUCUUAAUGCAGAAUUUCUAUUGCUGCUAAAUAAAAGCUUAACAUUAUAUUGUCA